AUGGCAAGUAAUGUUCCUAAAAGAUUUUUACCACCAAUAACAGCUCUCGAAAUUCCACAUUCUAAUUCUACACUAAUAUCACACUCACAUCAUGCAUUACCGUCAUUGCCAUCACCGCCACUGCCGUUUACUCCUCACCAUCAACGUCAUCAUUCAACUAUUUUACCUCCUACUCCACAGUCACCAUCGCAUUAUCAUCACCAUAAUCAACAUAAUGUAUCGCAACUUCAUCAAGCACCAUUAUCACCAUUAUCACCAAUGAUUACUACUAACAACAAUAAUGUUUCUCCGUUGCAUUAUCAUCCAUAUGCAGCUACUUACAAUAAUAAUAAUCAUAAUAAUAAUCAUCAUUAUCAUUCGUCAUCAGCAGCGGUAGGAGAUGGUGGAGGUGGUGGAUCGAUUCCGCAACCAUCACUAUCACAACAACAAAUGAUGAUGAUGAUGGAUCCAGCAUGUGAAUUGUUGGCAGAGAAAAGACGUAGAAACGCUGGUGCAUCUGCUAGAUUCCGUGAUCGUCGCAAGCAACGUGAACGUGAAAUGCAAGAAAAAUGUCAAUUUUUGGAGAAGCGUGUGCAGGAGCUGGAAAAUAUGGAUAAUGCCAAACGAAUUGUUGAAUUGGAAAAAAAUUUGGGGGAAGCGAUCAAUGAAAAAGAAUCUGAUAAAUCAAGAAUCCGGGAACUAGAAAAAGAGGUUGAAAGACUUUCUUCAAAAUUGUGUGAUAGUGAAUACGUGGAAUCUCUUACACCGCCAUGUUCAUCUUCCGGUGAUUAUGAUUCAAAAGAUAGCGUAUUUGAGGAAUCAAUGAUUGCAGCAGUGACUAAAAAAACAUCAUCAGAAGCCUCCACAACAAAUUCUUUGGCUACUCCAACUACUCCAGAAACUGGCUCACCUAUUCCAUCAACAAAACCUUCCAAUUCUAGCGAGGAUAACGACGAUAAUAAAUUUCAACUGAACAUUUCAAACAAGUUUACUGGUGUUAAGGCACUUCUAUUCACAUGA